CACACGCACAAUCCAGAAGCUCUCCUCGACUGGACUGACCGACGAUGGACUGGACGUACUCCGGCAGCGGCUGCGGCUACGGAUACUACUCCUCGUCCCCUCCGGCGGGCGGCGGCGGCGGGGGCGAGGAAAGCUCGUACAUGACGGUGUCGUCGGCGCCGCCGAAGCGGCGCGCGGGGCGGACCAAGUUCAAGGAGACGAGGCACCCGGUGUACAAGGGUGUGCGCAGCCGGAACCCCGGGCGCUGGGUCUGCGAGGUGCGGGAGCCGCACGGCAGGCAGCGCAUCUGGCUCGGCACCUUCGAGACCGCCGAGAUGGCGGCGCGCGCGCACGACGUCGCCGCACUUGCGCUGCGCGGCAGGGCCGCAUGCCUCAACUUCGCGGACUCGCCGCGCAGGCUACGCGUCCCGCCGCAGGGCGCCGGCCACGACGAGAUACGCCGCGCCGCGGUGGAGGCCGCCGAGCUUUUCCGCCCGCAGCACAAUGCGGGGGCUCCCGAGGCGGCGGCAGCGGCGGCGAUCGCGGUGCCUGGCGCCCAGGCGAGCGGGGGCCUCGGCGGCGACUUCGCUUACUACCCGGCGGACGACGGGCUGGAGUUCGAAAUGCAGGGGUACCUCGACAUGGCGCAGGGGAUGCUGAUCGACCCGCCGGCGGCGAAUGCGGUGCAGUCGGCGUGGAUCGACGACGAGUACGACUGCGAGGUCAGCCUGUGGAGCUACUGAUGAUCGCGCGCGUUCUGACCGAGCCCGGCUUUGGCGGGAACGACAGUGUACAGUACAGCUUAUGGUGUGCUAAUGUGUGCUGUUUCCCUGCUAUUCUGACGAAAUGCGAUGCGAUCAGAAGGAGCAGAGGAGUGUGCUUAGGUUUUCAGAGGCUGCUUCUGGACAUGUGGCCCUGGCGUUAGCAAGGCCAAGGUAGCCAUGGCGCCAGAUAUGUAUGCCACUUGUUGCGGGCGCCCUUUAUUGUAAGGAAGAUCACCUGGUGUAAUAAACAGCAGAGUCUGCUGAAUGUUUGAUCCUGAAGGUACGAGCCGCAGGGAUCUAAAGUAA